AUGGGCAUCGAGAAAUACGAGGGACGCGUCGCACUGGUUACUGGCGCCAGCGCAGGCAUCGGUGCUGCCAUAGUGCAGGCGCUGUUGAAGCAUGGACUCACCGUUGUGGGAAUGGCCAGGAGGGUCGAAAAAGUUAAGGCUAUUGAGCUUGCACUCAAAGACGCGCCAGGGAAGCUGUACGCCGUUGCCGGAGAUGUGAGCGACGAAGCCAGCAUCCUGGCGGCCUUCAAGUGGGUCAAGGACAACCUGGGUGGCGUCGACAUCCUCAUCAACAACGCUGGUGUAUUUCCCAUUACUAGCCUUACGGAUGGCAAGACGGAAGACUGGAAGCGCAUCCUGGACGUGAACGUGCUGGGUCUGAGCAUCUGCACCAGGGAGGCCGUGCAGGACAUGCUGGGCAGGGGCGUCGACGACGGCUUCAUCAUCCACAUCAACAGUGUUGCAGGACACACACUGCAGCUUACAGAUGGUAAAGCGAUGUAUGCUGCCAGCAAGCACGCCGUAAAAGUCCUGCUCGAAGGGCUGAGAAAGGAUCUCGUGAGCAAGGGUAGCAAGAUACGAGUUGGGGUGCGCGAUAUAAUUGUAUUACCGACUGGCACUCCGUUCUAA